AUGAAAGUGGCCCAUGCCCAUUUGGUCACAAAGUCAACAUUACUUUUGGGUUGCAGAUACUCAUUGGCCAUGGCAGAAUAUCAUAUUCUCUACAAUUGGAUAAUUGUUACGGCUCAAAUGCUGAUUUUUAUGUCUGCUUAUAUUUGGUUUGCUUAUAUGUUGUCGGAUAAUAAAAUCGAUUCAUGGAGUAUUGUUUGCUUUGGUACUUUGUUCUCAGGGUUUCUAACGGUCUUAUUUUAUUUAUUGGCAUGCAAAGGCAUUAUACAAAAUAAUUCCAUAAAAAAAAUGUUUAACUUAAGAGACUAG